UAGAUGCUCACCUGGCACAGACAUCCCUAAGAGACCACAAAGAGCCGGGGUUGUGUGCCUGCACUCACACACACUCAUAGACACUCACACACACACACCUGCCUCUCCCUGAGACACAUUCCUCAGGUGGCAAAUGUGCACGUCUGCCUCAGUGGGCACCGUCUGGGCAGGCUGGGUGCCGCUGUCAGAGCUCUCCCCAGACCCACAGGCCCAUCACAGCUCCUCCACACACCACUGACCACACUACAGGCUGUGAGCCGGCGGUGAGGAACUCGCUCCUUCCCCUUUCCUCCCGCAGCUGCAGGGGGGUGUUUCUGAGGGGGCGGAUGUCACCCACGAGGGGUGGGUUUUCCCCACCCCUACCUUGUCUUGUCCCAACUGCUUCCCACCCCCGUAAGUAGGCCCUUUGGGGGUCACAGUCUAAGUCACAACCGUAAAGGAGAACCAGGGAGCACCUUUGAACCAUAGCUCAUCAGCCGCCUCCUGCUUCCCCUGGUGUCCCUCGCGCCCAUCAGCCCCUGGUCUUCCCCGUAAAUGCCCCUUUUUCCUCGAGGAUGGGUGUGAAGGGACAAUGCUGGGACUUUCUAAAGGAAGAAAUUACUAGUAAAGUAAGAAAGAAACCAAAACCAAGGCAAGAAAAUAUCGAAAUCUCACCAGACCAGAGUCUGCUCUGCUUCUUUUCUUUGCCUCCCGUGUCUAACAAGCUGCAGCCCUCCGGGCCUAUGCAACUCCUUUGCUCUCUGCUCCCUGACCCCCACAGGGUGCAUGAGUGGUUAGCGCUGCAGGCUUUUCCAGGGGUGCACAAGGUGGGGUUGCCCUCAUCCUCAGCCCCGCCCAGUCCCAGCUCAGAGCCCUUGCCUCAGGGACAGCUGGAUGGAUCCAGCUCAGAUGUUGGGACACAGGAGAUGCCAUGGGUCCAGCAGGGGGCAGGAGGGGGCCCAGAAGGGGCUGACUUGCCACGGGUGUGAUCAGUGGGGCAAUAAGGGUGGAAGGGGUCAGGGAAAGGCUGUGGAGUCUGGGGGUGUCACAGAGGAGAAAGUGUGGUCCCAGAUUCUCUGCAUCCUCCAAAGACUGCCGUUCCCAGCAAGGGCUUUGGAGUGAGACGCCCUGUGCUCUGUGGACCGACAGCAAGAGGGGAGCUGGGUCCACCCUGGAAGUCCCCAAACUGAUGGGGAGAGAUGAGUCCAAAAAGUCAGAGACUCCUUUCCGGGAACGGACACCUACCGGGAACCCCAGGAUGACGAGCUAGGGCUCCACACUACACCCCGCCCCCCAAUCUGAUGGGGAGGAUGAAGCCCCACCCGGGAGCAAGGACUGGGGAGAGCCUCCAGGUCAGUUGGGAACAAAAGAGCUCUGACUACACAGAGGAAGCCUAUGGCCACGGCAGCCAGGAGGGAGGCAUGGCCACAUCUGGGGGGAGGAUCAAAGGAGGCACUGGAAGCCCUGCACUGCCCAGGCCGUCUGGGCUACAUGAAGGUGGGACAGAGAGAGGUGCAGGGGCGGCCCGAGAGUGGUCCUGUGACCCCCCAGCCCAGCCCCGAGCUCUGGGCCUUGGUUUCCCCUCCCGGCCCCUCUGGCCAGGGCUCAGGAUGCCAUCUGCUUCACUGAACCCAUCUGUCUGAGACUUGCUCACAUCUUCCUCUUUUGUGACUAGAAGUCACAGGGCAAUGCACUAAGCCGUACAGUCACGGAGGGACCACAGAGCCUCAGAGUGUGAAGGGACAGAGGGGAGAGCGGCAAGAGGAGGGGGAGAAGGGGAGCCCGGCCCAGAGGUGCCAGGACCAUGGCCGAGUCUGUCACCUACGCAGACCUGCGGUUCGUGAAGGCUCCCCUGAAGAAGAGGGUCUCCAGCCAGCCAGGACAGGACCCAGAGGCUGACGAUGACGGGGAGCUCACCUAUGAGAACGUGCAAGUGCCCACACUCUCAGGGGGGGCCUCAAACUUGGCUUCUUCUGGGCUAGGGGACAAGGCCGGUAUGGAGAGCCCAGGGAUGGGUGUUUGCCGGGGCGCUGAGUCUAGAGCUGGGGAGUCCAGAGCCGUCUUGGGAGGACAAUAUCCCUGGGAAAGGAGGGGGGCUCCUAGCAAGGAGAAGGAGGAGCCCUGGGUAAAUGGCAGCCAGGGGGAGAGGGACGCUCGCUCCCAGGGGAAGGGGGGUCCCCUGGGGAGAGGGCAGGGCUCAGGGCAGCCCUGCGGGGAGAGGCGUUGGAAGGGAAAACAGGGAGUCGGGCAGGGAGGGAGGGGCAGGGCUGAGAGCAGUCCCUCCGGAGGGCGCGGAGAGGGUCUGGGGAAGGCCCGCUCGUUCCUGGGCUCACUGCGCCUCGUGCCACUGUCUCCCGAAGGCCAGGGCAGCCCAACCUGCUGGAAAUACCUCCUUCUGGGCCUGCUCCUCACCUGCCUGCUGUUAGGGGUGGCUGCCAUCGCCCUGGGGGUGCGCUAUCUGCAGGUGUCUCAGCAGCUCCAGCACACGAGCAGGGCCCUGGACACGACUAACAGCAGCCUGAGGCAGCAGCUCCGCCUGCAGAGCGCGCAGCUGGGCCAGCAGGAGCGGGAGCUGCAGGGCUCCAGGAGGGAGCUGGCCCAGACGCGGGAAGCGCUGCAGGUGGAACAGCGCGAUUGCCAGGCUGUCAGGAAGCAGUCACAGGACUGGCUGGCCGGCUGGGAGGAGACAAAGGAGGCCCUGAGACGUGAGGAGACGCAGAGGAGGGACGUGGAGGAGAGGCUGAACCGCUGGCGGGACACGCUGAAGCCCCUCUGCGUGCCGGAAACGCCGAAGUCCAACUUGGAACACCACCACCCCUCAGACACCUGCUGUCCCCUGGGAUGGAUACUGAUGGCAACGAAUUGCUUUUACAUCUCACUUAUUAAAAGAAGUUGGGAAGAGAGCCGAAACUAUUGUAAAUCUCUGUCCUCCAACCUGGCCACGUUUGAGGUUAUCGUGGCAGCAGUGUAUAUAAGGUAUUGGAACAAGCUGAUCGGUCUGGUUCAUAUUGGAUUGACACCAGGUUUAAGGACAGGCAGGAGACUGAGGCUAGAAGAGUCUCUGGGUUUUAUAUUGAAAACAAAGUAUGUUUCUCUGUACAAAACAAGUGGCCAAAAUACCAGACAGAUUGUGUUACUUCUCUUCCCUGCAUCUGUGAGAUGCCAUCUAUUAGGCGUCCAGAUUACCACUGAGCUGAAUCCUCAUGCCAACAAGAGCCUGUGCCCUUCAUCCCUAACCUGCAGCCACAGGUCCUAUGAUUCUCUCUCUCCAGCAUUUCCUCAAGCUGCCUGGAUGGUGCCCGGCCAAGGGCUGAUCUACGCCCAACACUUCUGGGUAGCCUGCUGUCUGCCUGAAAUCCUGUCCCAGAAACUGGACUAUUCUGGGAAAAGGGUACAGAAGAGAUUUUGGCCUCCCCAAGAACCUCCCAUGGUGGAAGGGGGGGCUGAGGGGAGGAGGGCGCACGGGCUGAGCGGAUAGGGGCAGCCCGGAGCCAGCCAGGCAGUUUUAUUGAAAUAUUUUUAAAUAA